ACCCAGAGCCUCUCCUCUCCCGCACAGAUCCAGUGUGGCGCACUGAUAGGCGGCAGUCCUCAGAAAGUGGGAAGUUUUCGCCAAAAGCUUCUGUGUGAGAAUUAAUCAGCUUCAUGUCGACUCUGUUGGAUACUAACCCGCCGAUGCUAUGGUUACCUUUAUUACGAUUUUGCAGGUGAAUCUAGUGAUGUCCAUCCUGCUGUAUGUGAUGGCCCUUGUGUACCUGUAUGGUAUUCAAGCAUCUAGCAUGAACAGCAGCCACAAGGGACAGCAGCAGCACCCGCCGAGCCCCGACCCGUUGAACUCCCUCAUAAUCCAGCUGCUGCAGGCCGACCUGACGAGGGAGCGGACCCCGGGGAGCCACCGGCAGCAGGGGAGAGGCAGGGACGCCAAGCACCACGAUCCCAUCCUCCCUGUUUCGGGGCCAAGCGUACCGUUCAAGGACCAGGAGGACGGCGAGCCGUGGGGCGCGGGCGGCCGCAGCGGCGGGAGCAGCGAAGGCGCCGUGGAGCAGCAGGUGACGCUGGUGAACUCUGACCUUCUGCGGAACCACAAGAGAUACAUUUCUCCGCGGGUGGUGCUGAGCGACCGGCCGCCGCUCCAGCCGCCUCCCCUGUACCUGGCCGACGACUUCGUGAGCGGCGGGCCGGAGGGAGCGGCGGCGGGAAACAAAACGCGGAAGAAGCGGCAGGCCGAACACCGGAGUUACCGCGGGGAGUAUUCCGUCUGCGACAGCGAGAGCAAGUGGGUGAUGGACAAAACCAGCGCCAUGGACCUACGGGGAAUCAACGUGACGGUCAUGGCCAAAGUUAAAACCUUCGACAAGCGGGAGGUCAAGCAGUUUUUCUACGAGACGAACUGUCGAGGCGAAGAGGAGCCGUCCAGAGCCAAAGAAAGGCAGUGCCGGGGAAUCGACGAAAAAAACUGGAGCUCUCAGUGCAAGACGACGCAGACGUUUGUUCGCGCGCUGACGCAGGACCACAGCGGCAUGGUGGGCUGGAGGUGGAUACGCAUAAACACUUCCUGCGUCUGCGCGUUGUCGAGGAGGAAACGCAAGACGUAAAAUUCAAGUCUCUCUGAACCAGAACCAGUGGAGGUCCACUUUUCUUUUUCUGGGAUUUUAUUUCCACAGCGAACCGCACCACAGGAUUAGGUGCGGCGGUAGCGGACCACGACGUUCUGCUCCAAACUAUCCAUCUGAAGAAGUCUCGGGUCCUUUUGAAUGCGAUUUCAAACUAAUGUGCUGCAAGCUGUAACGAAAGAACUCUCGCGAGAGGGCGAGGACUGCGCAACGGAGAACUGUACAUAUAAAUUAUUUAAAUUAUAUGAAAUUGCAUGUAGUGAAUACAUGGUUAUCUAUCUUUAUAUGAUGUAUGAAUAUAUUUGUGUUAUUUAUUGACAGAAGAUUCCUUAAAAUGAAAAUGAGAAAAAAGAAGCGAGGCGUAAACCUGACUUUUAAGACUAUAAUGCGAAGCUAGGGGCUGAAAAGGUGCUUCACAGCGAGACUUCAUAAGUGCCUUCACUGAAAGUGUGAGUAGCAGGACAUGGCAGCAACGGUUGCCGUAAACGUUUUAGCAACGGGUCCGUAGUAAGGCGACCCAUCAGCAGGGACCUGUCCCGUCCCGCCGACCCGACACGAAGCCCGCACGAGACCGGCGACACAAUCAGAGGUCGCGAGACAACCAAGAUGUGUAACAAGAAACCUUUUCAGUGUCUUCGCCGUGAUGUCGACCAGCGGUCAAGUUUUGCUUCUUGUGGUCUCAUUUGUUUCAUCCUUUGAAUAAAAAGCCCAUAUAUCCCAAAGUUGGAAAUUUAAUAUUUAAAAAAUAUAUAUAUUAAGACCCAUUUCAAAUUGUUACAGUGCCAAAGAUUAGAUAACACAUGUAAGAGGAUAAUAAAUGUCUUUAUUCUUCUU